CAGAGCAUAGCAGCCUGCAUAAUGACCGGGCACCACUGCUGGGGAUACGGACAGGAUGACGGGCCUUCUAAGUGGUACAAAUCAUAUCCCAUUGCCCAGGGACAUCGUCAGUCACCUGUUGAUAUAGUUUCCACGCAAGCAGUUUACGAUCCUAGUCUGAAGCCUCUUAUUAUCUCAUAUGAAUCGUGUGCAUCUCUUGAAAUCUCCAACAAUGGCCACUCAGUCAUGGUGGACUUUGAAGAUGCUGGUGAUAAGACAGCUCCACUUGGUUCACUGGAAUGCCAGGAAGUAUGCAACAUUUGGAGAAGCAGCAGCAGCUCCAGAUGGUUUGGCGGUAGUUGGUAUUUUCUUGGAGGUCUUCAAAAAAUUUGCUUUGCUGAAAGAAUCACUCUACAAAGAGUUCAUCUUAUGAUGUCCAGUACUGUAUCCUCCAGGAUUUUAAGUUCUGCAAGAAACAGUAUCAUUGUUUUGCAAGGAAAAGGAUGUUUGUACUCAAGAUAUAUCCCAAACAGAAACCAGAUGAAAUGGAAAUGUGGAUUUGCCAAAGGGCCUCUUUCCCCUUUUGUGCUGAGCUGGAGCAUCAACAAUGUCUUCACUUUAAAAAAAGCAUUCAGACAUACUUCAACUGAAGAAGAAGACUUCAGUCUUCAGUUGACGUCAUCACAAAUAAAUGAUAUACUAAAAGCAGAUGAAUUUUCUCAUAAAAUUCACGACUUUGAUGGUAAAAAUGCAAAUUCUGUGCUGAAAUUUGAGAGUAACCAGCUGGCUGCCAACACACCGAAUGAAGAUCAUAGAAGUGCAGCCAUAUGCUUGCAGACCAAAGGGAUGAUGUUUGGGGUCUUUGAUGGUCAUGCAGGUUAUGCAUGUGCUCAGUCGGUAAGUCAGAGACUGUUGUAUUAUAUAGCUGUCUCUCUCAUGUCUCAACAAACGCUGGAAGAGAUUGAGUUUGCCAUGGAACGCAUGAAACCAGUUCUGCCAAUUCUGCAGUGGUACAAGCAUCCAAAUGACGUGUACCGAGAAGUAGCCUCACUGUACUUAGAUCACCUCAGAGUUUAUUGGCAGGAACUAUUGAACCCAGAUAUAGAACUGGGAUUCAGUGUAGAAGAAGCCUUGAUAUAUGCAUUCAAAAGGUUAGAUUCAGAUAUAUCACUGGAAGCUCAGGCUCCCCUAGAAAAUGAAAUGAUGAGAAACACUGCCCUUCAAGUAGCUUUCUCUGGGGCAACAGCCUGUGUGGCUCACAUUGAUAGUGUUCACUUACACAUUGCAAAUGCUGGGGAUUGCAGGGCAAUCCUAGGGGUUCAAGAAGAAGAUGGAAUGUGGUCUGCACUCUCUCUUACUCGAGACCACAAUGCUUUCAAUGAAGCAGAAAUCAGAAGGUUAAAGGGAGAACAUCCUAAGUCUGAGGAGGAAACUGUAAUCAUAAAUAACAGGUUGCUGGGGAUUCUUAUGCCCUCCAGAGCUUUCGGAGAUGUCAGAUUCAAAUGGAGUAAAGAACUGCAACACAGUAUUCUGGAGAAUGGUUGUGAUGUUGAGGCUUUAAAUAUUUAUCAGUAUGCUCCUCCCAAUUACUAUACGCCUCCCUAUUUGAUUGCAGAGCCUGAAGUCACCUACCAUAAACUAAGAUGUCAAGAUAAAUUUCUAGUUAUUGCUUCAGAUGGACUGUGGGACAUGCUGAACAAUGAGGAUGUCAUAAAACUUGUUGCAGAACACCUAGCACAAGCUAAUAUGCAGAAACCAAGGAUGACUCUUCAGAAACCAGCCAGCUUGGGUUACAUGCAAAGUCUGCUGCGUCAUAGAAAAGCCAGAGGUGUUGGCUCAUAUGACCAGAAUAUAGCCACUCACCUUAUAAGGCACGCAAUUGGAAAUAAUGAAUAUGGAGAGAUAGACCAAGAGAGACUUGCUGCAAUGUUGACUUUGCCUGAAGAUCUAGCAAGGAUGUAUAGAGAUGACAUCACUGUUACUGUGGUAUAUUUUAAUUCAGAUACAAUUGACAGCUACUACAAAGAAAAUGAAUAGGAGUUGCAUUAAUAUUGUACCAUAUAAUGGCCAAUUCUGAUACUGGGGACCAUUAAUGUUUACUUCCACUAAUAGUCAAGCCAUUACAAAUGCUAUUGUCUGCAAGUCCCCCGUUCUUUAGUACUGAAUAGCCAUGAGCUCUUUUGGAAAUAAUUUUCUAGAACAACUAAUUUGUAAGAUUUCUCUGGGCUCCCAGUUUUGUGCUGAUUGAAGUAAAAUAUGCUGCUUGCAGUUCAGCAGAAUGUGAGUGGAGGCAGGAAUGAAAGACAGUGAGCCUACUCCUUGUCCCAUUGACACCAACGGCAAAACUCCUGAAGUGAACAAAAAGCAGACAAAUAUACUAGUUUAGAUCAAACUUGUCAGUGAUGAGUAGUACUUGUAAAAGAACCAAGAGCAAAAGGAGCCAUUGUUCAAAGGCCUCAUGUAAGGUAGGGUGGCCUCCUCUCAAAGUAUAGUAGUCAAAAUCUAGGACUGUGUACUAGGAAUGGACACUAGGUUGUAUCAGAUACUUGAAACUGACUCCCUUAAACUAAAGUGUUGCCUUUUAUGCUUGGAAAUUAAUUUAAAACCAGACUGUAACUUGGAUUUUGGGACUGCCAGACUACUUUUUGCUAGUCAUAUUUUAUGCCUAUUGUAAGGAAACCAUACCUUUUUUCAAGACUGGCUGACUUUAAAGUGCGAAACUGAAUAGAAAGGGCAUGUGUGCGAACACGUGUAACAAUCCACAGCUCCAGCACACUUUAAAAUAGUUUACAAUCUUUUCUUUAGGAAUAUUAUAUAUUUCUAAUUUAAUGAGUUUUUACUGCACCAACAGUACUUGACUGGAUUAUUUUCUUACGCAUAUUGUUUGACUUACUAAAAAUCAAUUUUAUAUUAGAAACUGCUGGUUUAGUGCACAAUAUUUCAUAGAUCAAUCUGUGAAAUUGCAACUUAGAUAUUGUCCAUUUAUGGAUUUGGAAUUAAUAAGUGCAUCUGAAACUUAAAUGUAGGCGUUGGAAACGAUACCGCAUUUACUUUUUCUUUAAAAAAUAGAAUUGACGACAAUACUGGCAUUUUACCAAAGAGAACUUCAUUCUUGUUUUUUCUACUCCUCUCGCUUUUAGGACAUGAACUGCUUAUGCCCAUGUGUACAAUGCUGUUUAAAUGCUCUUGAUUACUAUUCAGAUCCUUAUUUCCUUGGUGAAUUUUUCUUUUUACAUUUAAAAACACUUGUGUUUAAGUUGUACUAAAAGAAUCAACAUUGUAUAGCUUUCUUUUAUACUCCACCUUCUAGAAUACCCUAUUUAAAACUUGAAACUAGCUUUCCUUUUUUACAAUCUGGCCUGCACAGUGGUGUAGUGACUUUUUUUUGUUAUGUAUUGGCAUAAUUGCUGCCUUCAGGAAUGUGCAUACUGUAGUUCUGGGAACAGAGGCCUCUGUUUUACUGUGUUUGCUACCAGGAAAGUACCUACGCAUGUGUUACAGAGCUAGUAAUAUGUGGAGCUGCACCCCCCCCCCGCACUCCAUUUUUAAAAAAGGGUGGCUUUUUUCAUAAUUUUUUUGCAUGUUAGAGUGUUAAAGAUAUCUACAGUUCAGAGAAUAUUUCUCCUCCUAGUAACUGUAAAGUAGAUUAAAAUCUUGGGCCUAAAUUAGUAGCAUUUGUGUCAUGUGGCAUUUCCAAAAAAAACCCAAUCCAUUUAUUCAUCAGUAUAAACCAUCUAUUAAUGGUUUGUAGAGCAUUUUAAUAAGAUCUCACAUUAAAGUUACCUAGGAAACUGUACAAACUGUUAAAAAUUCUAAUAUUUGUGAUUAAUUGUAGGCAGAUUUGGGACAAUCAAGUGUAUGUAUUUUGAUGUUGCAUUAACAAUUAUUGCAUCCCAGGUUGCAACCGUCACAGCUUUCUCUCCAUAUUAUCUAAAUGUUCUUUUCCCUCAGAUAUGACUGUCUUGAUUUAUGGGUCCCAGUACCUGAAAGCACUUAAGCAUGGGCUUAAAAUUACAUAUAUGCUUAACUGCUUUGCAUAAUAAGGGAUGCUUUCCUGAAUCGGGAUCCUAGCACCAUAUAAGUAACAUACCUUUAAAGUACUUUGUUUAGCAAAUAUCAGAGCAGAAAAGGUAAUUUAACUUUGAGGCAGCUGGCAUUUUUUCUAUAUUGCUAGUCAAAUGUGGCUUUUCUGUGGUUAAUGUAUACAGCAGAAAGAAUGGCUGAAGGAAGAAGACUUGAGUCUUGGAUUGGUGGUGGAGGCUGAACGAAAACAAUGCAUGUGUUUGUCAGGGGUGGGGGAAUGUUAUAGGGGAUAUUGAAGUUUUGGUCUCUCAUAGUCUCAUUUAGUCUUAAUCCAUCCCUACCUGUUCGGGUGGCACUGGGCUCACUGACUUCUCUCAUUUGGAAGAAGAGGAGAGAGAAUAUGGAGGAGGAAUUGUAGGUUGCAAAGCUAAGGAGGACACUAUCUCAGAGCAAGUUUUUUGAGAGCCCUCCCCAAACCUCUAGUUCCCAUUUAGCCUUAAUCUCUCUGAGUGGUUUAAGUGGGAUAUCUUUUCCCAUGUGCCUACACUUGGUUUUUUGAAAGUGUCUAUGCAUGAGCAGCUGUAUGGUUUCGUUAUUUACGUCAGUCAGACAGUAGCCAUAAAAACAGUGCUGUAAAGGAGUGUAUAUCUAGACUACUACUUACUCGAUGAGGGCACUAUAUCAGUAGUGAUGUGGCUACGAGAACAAAGACUCUGAUAGAGUAGAUAAAAUGAAAACUUUAUCUAUAUAUAUUAAAGCAAUCAAUAUGCUCAGUAAAAUACUUAGAGGUAAUGCAAGCCUUUAUCUGUUAAAGUACAGUGUUGCAAAUCUAAGUACUUUUUAAGGUAUAGUUAAAAUGACUUAGGCUUUAAUUUUGUGAAUAUUAUAUAAUUAAUGUGGUCAUGGAUUUUGUUGUGCAAAAAUUGAAGUGUGUGUGCAACGAGUGAGCUAAAUGGUCUAAUGUGUUACUACUAGAUAUGCAAAUAUAACUUUUUUAAAACAAAUUGAUGAUUAUUGUUUUGGGGAUUGCAGUCACAUCUGACACUGGAAAUGGUACUAGCUCUAAUUUCAUGCCAGUAUGUGCCUGAUUUAACUUGUAACACUGUAAUUAUUGUUCCUUGGAAAAUGGUGACAUUAAAGCAAGUGCUUAGUGUUCAAUUUACUGACAAAUAGUGGUGUUUAGCUGCACGCUUUCUUGCAUUUUGCUGGAAACCAAUGGUGGCCAAUUCCUGUUAGUGAUUAAUUUGAUAGCAAAACUCCCAUCAACUUCAUAACUUAUCUUUGUAACUUCACAAACAUGUUGAAUAGGCAUUAAUGUGUGCAGUAUGCAGUGCUCUGAAGUUGUGGUAACAUGCUUCUAUGCUAAACUAAUUUAAAUGAAGUUAACAUGUUGAUCGUAUCACAGUUACAGGAUGACUUGAUAGUUAAGUUUAGCUGUGUAAACCUUGCUGUAUCAGAAAUAUCUACUGUAGCUUUACUGACAGUUUAAUUGGCUUAGUUUGAGUCAACUCUAUGCCUGGAAAUUCAACAUUUUUCACUUUAACAAUAUUUUUUAUAAUAUCAAGUCAAGAUGUAGUAAUAAAACUACCCAUUGCCUAUGGAACUUGUUUUUUGCAUACCCACCUAAUGUGCCUCUUAAAUCUAAAGAAAACAAUCUUAGUUGAAACACUGGUAUACAUACUCAUCCCUUCCAAGGAAAUGUGUUUAUGUAAACCUAACUUUAUCUUGGAUUUGAACUAUAGUUUUCUGGCAUUAUUUUGAAACUUAUUUACAAUAUGCAAAAAUAUUUGUUUUUGUUGAGUGUUUAAGAAUGCUUUUCUCUCUGUACUUAUGACUUAUUUGUAUUUAAGUUUUCAAAACUUCAUAGGGUUUAUUGAUUUUUCUAACUUUGUAAAUAUUGAAGUGAAUUAAUAUUUUGUAAAUAAAAUAUGCACUCUACACUUGUGUGAAAUUGAUUUCAAAAUGCCACUUUAAUAGCCAGACCUUAUUUGUCUUGGGAGGGCUAAGGUGGGUGUGAGAGCUAGGCUAGGGCUAGUGUACACUGAAAACUUAAAUCAGUAAAGCUGUCUCAGGGUGUAAAAAAUCCACAGCCGUGAGAGAGCUAGGUAUGUCAAGCUAACCCCUGGUAUAUACAGUGCUAGGUCAACUGGAGAACUUUUCCAUCACCCUAGUUAUCACCAUUGGGGAGGUGGAUUACCUCUCUGAUGGGAGAAUCCCUGCCAUCAGCAUAGGUAGUGUCUACACUGAAGGGUUGCUGCUGUAGUAUUUUAAUUGUAGAUAUACCCUUAGGGCUUGGCUACAUUUGUGAGUUAAAGUGC